AUGAUUUUAGUUUUUUUUCCUCCUUUCCUCUUAUUCUUUAGUAUUUUUUAUUAUUUCCUUCCUUUUCAUUUUCCUAUCAUUUCUCCUCCUUCCCAUUCAUUCAUCAUUCUUUCUCUCUAUUCACUUUUCGAUCGUUUUUCCUUUCCACUUUUCCUCGUUUCAUUCACCGCUUUUAUUCAUCCUUCCAUUCCUCCUUCACUCAUUCAUUUCUUUGCUCCUUUAUUCCUUCAAUUAAUUUUCCUCUUUUCAUUCUCGCCCCCCUAUCUUUUCAUUCUCCUCCUUUCAUUUUCUCUUUCUUCUUUCACUUCAUUUUUUUCCUUCCCUCAGUACUUCUUCCUUUUCAUUAUUUUCGCUUACCAUUCCUUUUUUUUCUUUCUCCCUUCCAUUACGUUCUUCCUUUCUUUGUUCGCUUAUUUCUUCGGCCUUCUUCAAUCAGGAAAUACCCACACAUUGAUUGACCUUUCGAAAUGCUUUAACGAUGUCUUUUAUAGUCUAUGA